AUGGCGCUAUGGUUGGUUUGAGCGUUACUGUUCUUUCUUUCAUUAAGAUAGUUUCCCUAGCGUUUGGACUAUCAUGUAUGCGUAGUCCAGCUUAAACACAGCAUGUCAACUGCUGGAAAAGGUAUUGUUUGGUGCUAGGUUUAACUGCCAGUCGUCCAGAUGGAUUAAUCUAGAUAUAUUCAGCAGACGUUGUCAUAAAUGGGAUCAUCCUUUUCCAAUCUGGACAAGUCUUGGGGAUGUACAGGUUUCGGAACUAGUAACAAAAGCCAUCGGAAAGAAUUGUCUGGAUUAUGCCGUUGCCCUAAAAAAUGUCCUGCCGGCUAUACAUUAUCUAGCCCUUCGCGAACAAAAACUAAUACAUUACAUGUGAAUGAACCAUCCACUCCUAUUAUAACAAAUCUAGCUUCUGUUAAUGCAUACAAUUGUACUUGCAAAAGUUCAUUAGUACAUCACCAUAUAAACCCCGACACGUAUCCGCCUAACUCAGAUAGUGGACGUCAGUCGCAUUGUUUUGAUUCUCAAGGGUUUAUAUCUAGAAACUCAAAUGUUCCCACAAGAGUAACUCAUCCAUAUUCUUUCGCCGAUCAAGAACAAAUUCAUAUUGAUCUACCCAAUCGCCUGAAUGAAAGUGAAAAGUGCAAUAACAAUACUGCUGCCAAAAAGAAGGAUUUAUUUACAAGUCUUUCGAUGUCAACUGAUUAUGCUAUCAAACAGUUUCAAAAUCUUAUAUCCUCAUGGUCAUGCAAUGAAUUAUGUUGUCUUUAUCUGGAAUAUGAAGCAUUAUACGAACUACAGCUCCUAUGGAAGGAAGCAAUUAAAACUCGAUCGAGAGCCCCUACUCUUAUGGAUGAUUUACAUGCAUUAGCAAAAAAUGGUUGGUGUUUCAAUAUGUAUCUUAUACACAAUGACAGUACACGUGAAGCUCAUUCAUAUUUAUUAGCUUCACGUUUAAGUACACUGGAUAAUUUGUUAAAUUCACUACAUCGUAUAAAACCGGAUAAAUAUUCAAGUAAAUCAAUCGAUUCUUCUUCUAAUUUAAAGACUAUUUCUACGACGAAAGUUUCACUUCCAGGUACUCCCCUAACAAAUACUUCUUUACAUAUUUCUAAUUCAUUUAUCAAUCAUCCGUGUGAUAUGAAACCUGAAAAAUGUCCAGAUCUACUGUCUAGUUCACAGUUAAAACCUCAGGAAAAUUUAGGCAAAUUAUCAGAAAUGAAUGAAAAGCAUUUAAAAAAACUUCCUCACUUCAUUGCAUCAGAUCCGAGUACUUUAAAAAUGAGUAGCAUUCAGGAUAGCAAUGAUUCUUCAGAAAUAUUUUUAACUAAUUUUUUAUGCCAGUUAUAUACAGGUAAUGAUCCAAAACGUUUACUAUCGAAACCUGAUCUCUUACGUCAACCAGAAAUGAUGUCUGAACAAUCUACACAUUGUAAUAAGAUCAAUAAUGAUAAUAAUUUGUUAAAAUUAUAUAAUUUUCUUAGAUUUUCUUCUAUUUCUCAAAGUAAUAAAUGUUUAAUGUCAAGUGAUUGUGAGCUAAUCUUCACAUGUCCAUCAAUACUUAGUUUAAAGUCUAUUUCAUUACCGUGUCAUGCAGGUAUUCUAGCCUGUCGUUCUGAAUUUCUACGUCGUCUUUUGUUAAAACGAUGUAAAUCAAUAAAUCAUAAUCAAAACUCUAUACAUAAAAUUGUUUUAGACGGGACAAUAUUACCAGCACAUUUUUCUAGUGUUCUUUUACACUUUUUCUAUUGUGAUUAUCUUAAUUUGAAUGAAAUAGCCAAUUUAUUAUUGAUUAUUGAUAAACAAAAGAUAUUGACAAAACAACACUUUGAUUGGCAUAUUGAACAUUGUUCAAAUAAAAAUAAUAAUAAUAAUAAUAAUAAUAAUAAUAAUAAUAAUAAUAGUAAUAUUGAUUAUAAUUAUUCAUGUUGUAAGCCAAUAGAAGACAAUCAAUCGCCAACGAUUACAACACCAUCAUCAUGUACACAUGCUUAUUCAAGUUAUACAGAGUCGAAUUCAUCAUCAGUAUCGUUUUUCACGUUGAUACAAUUUCUAAUGAAUAGUUCUGAAUUUCGUGUGAAACACUUUUGUUUAAAAUGUCCAUACUGUUUAACACACAUAAUUCAACUUCAUCCUAUUGGAGCUAUUUUAGAGUUUCCUAGACUCUCUGAAGUAUGUGAAGAUUUACUGGCAGAAGCUCUUAGUAUGCCGUUAGCAGCUACAUCUGAGAGUUGGACCGGUGUAUCUAGCUGUUCAAAUGCACAUGAUGCUACUUCUUUGAAAAUGAGUCCAAUUAGUUUAGCUGUUGGUUUACUUAAAUGGAUUGAUGAAAAGUCAUCAACAGGAUCAUCAUCAUCACCAUUAUCAGAAUCAUUUUCAAAUCUUCGAAGCACUAUGAAUUCAUCAACUAUUAACCGAAAUGUCAAAUCUAGUAGUGAUACAUUUUCAUCAGCUGUGGAUAAUAAUAAUAACCAAGAGAGUUUAAAACCCGGUGAUACUAGCCAUCACUCUUCUCCGUACAGUGGGACAUCACUUGGUUAUGUAUAUCGUCAUGCUCUGCAAUGUCUACAGGAAAAUUUCACAUCAUUAGUCCGUUCACCAUCAGUUUUACGACGUUUAUCACCUCGGCAACUUCGUGAGUUGCUUGACUCAAGCCUUAUUCAGGCUCCUGAAUCAGAAAUCCUUUCAGGCUUGUUAUGCUGGGCUGAACUUCAACUCAAAGGUGAUCAAGAAUCAUUUUUUGGUGUCAAAUCAGGUCAUGAUAACAAUAAAGAUAAUAAUAAUAAUACCAACAAUAAUGGUAAUACUGAAAAUACUGGAGAGAAUCAACCUCAAGAUGCUGUUUAUUUAGAAUAUUAUUCAAUAUUAACCUCAUUGGUUGAUAAUUCUUUCCUAUUGAACAACAACGGUGAUCAUUCAUCUACUGAUGCAUUGGAAGAGAAUCAUUUCAAUCAUUGGUUAUUGUUAUUAUCAUUAUGUAAUAAUGAUGGUAUGGUUGACCAGCACCAACAAAAUACAAAGAAGUCAACAUCUUCCGCUUUAGUGGCUGAUUCAUCUCACCCGGAGUUUUGUCAUUUAUGUCAAAUUAAUAAUAAUAAUAAUAACAGCAAUAAUAGUAAUAAAUUACCAUUCAUAAUUAAUGAAUUUAAAUUGAUGAAUUAUAAUAAUUUUGAUAAAAUUAUUAAUCAUCAAAUAGGUUUAAUAGAUUUAUUAUCAAUUAUAAAAUUAUUAAAUGAGCAUAAUCUAUUAGAGUUAAUUCAACCAGCUCAUAUACUUAGUCCUAUACCCUAUGAAUUAGCCAACCUGCUUUUAACACAUUGUUAUCCAUCAAUUAUUGAGACUGGUUUACACGAUACAUCUAUAAAAAACAAUAACAAUGAUAAUCAUACAAAAAAUGAUCUAAUCAAUAUAAAUUCUUCAUGGUUAUGCUUAGCGCAUGCAAUGAAAAAGUCUUCCCAAUCUAUCGUUUGCUCAGAUAAAAAGUUCUCUUUUGAGAAACUGUUAUCCAAUUCUUGGAGUCUUUCACCUGCACAGUUUGCAGACAAACAUCAUUGGGCUAGUCUACUAACAACAACAACAACAACAACUGGCCAGUCUGUAUCAAACGCCGAUGAAAUCAAUUGUGUAUGUUGUUGGAAUAAACAACGCCUUACAGAUAAUACAACAACCUCGCUAUUUCGAAAGUCAUGGUCAGGCUAUUCAACAAAUCUAUGGACAACACAAUUGAAUCGAAUGAAAUCAAACAGUAGAUUUUCACGUCCACCUAGACUAUAUUUUGCAUUUCUGAAUGAAGUUCGAAUGCUUUUCAUACAAAAACAUGCAUUACAUCAUCAAAAAUUGCAUUUAAUGAAUCACAGUAAUAGUUUCCAGUCAGCUCAAUCAGAAUGUACUUGUUGGGAGUUUUUAUUAUCUCACAGAUUUGAUCAAUCAUGUAAUUUAUCAAGUCUAUCGAAAAAUAUUUCCAAGUCUACCACGAGUAAUACUGGUGGUACUGGUACUGUUAUCGGACAAUCUUCUUGUGAUAAGUACACUAAGUCUUUUCAUCAACCUACUACAAGUACUACUGCUAAUACAUUUAAUCCUAUGAAUUGUUACAAUGAUAACAAAAGGGAUAAUGUAUACGAUUUAUCAAUUGAAUGUGAUUUAAGUUUUUCAAAUUUAGCUAAAAAACGUUUUAAUACUUCAAAGUUCAGUCAUGAUGAAAAAGAUAAUAAUAAUAGUUUCUUUUUUAAUAAAACAUUUGAAAUUUGUUGUGAUUAUAAAUGUCGUGAUUUCGCUUAUUGUUUAUUAUCAUCGAAACAAUGGACAAAUAUUAUUGAUUAUUAUAUUAGAUUAGUGCGUGAAUAUAUGAAUGAUCCUAUAAGUCAUCAUCCAUGUACAAAUAAUGGUUAUAUCCAUCACAUUAUACGUCUUCGUGCUUUAUGGAAAUAUGGUCUACCUGAUUCCCUUGAAAGUUUAUUAUUAUGCCGAAUCAAUGAACAUAUGUUUAUGUUACAACAACCAAAAGAAGAGUAUCAUCAUUCACAACAACAACAACACCAUCAUCAUCAUUAUGGUCAGAUAACAGAGUAUUCUAAUCCUGUUGAAGUGAUGCCGUCAUCAACAUCUUCAUCAUCAUCAUCAUCAUCAAAGCCUUUCUCCUGUAUGUCAACCAUAUCACUGUGUUCUUAUAGCCUACCACUUAUGAUGAAUAAAUUAUCGUGUGAACGUUAUAGUGAAUAUAUAAAUCCAUCGGAUACAAAUAAAAAAAUUUUUAGAACUAAUUCCACUGUAAUUACAACUACACCAACAGUUAGUCGUCCAGUAUGCACAUUAUCAUCUAGUACAAUUAAUAAGACGAAUAUUAGUGAAUUAAGUGAGAAAUCAGAUCGAAUAAUUUCAGUCAAUCAGUCAUCUGAGUCAUCAUGUCCUAUCUGUGAUAAUAAGGUUACUUCUUCACCAAUAUCAAAAAAGUAUGCAUCUUCGUCUGAGAAUAAAUCAUUACACACUGGUUAUCAUAAUAAUAAUAGUAGUAGCAGGAGUAAUAGUAAAAAGAAGCAUAAAAAAUCAUUGAACACUACUCAGUGCAUUAUGUAUUCAUGUAAAGAUUGUGAAAAUUUCGUAAAAUUAAUGAAACAUAAUUGUCAUACAACAAAUGAUUUUUGUUUACACUGUAUAAAUUCCUGUAAUGCUGCUCAAGUUAAUGCUACUACUACAACUGUUAGUACUCCCACUGUUGCUAAAGCCAAUCUCACUAAUAUCCUUGCCUAUCCUUAUGGUCAUCGUUUGUGUUAUAAUUACUCUGAUUCAGAUUACUUGCUUUAUAGUACAUUGUUAUCUUCAAAUCAGGCUGCAUUAAAUAGAAAAAUCAAUAAAUCCAGCUGUUAUGAUCAUCAUAGAUACAAUGAACAAGGGAGUCGUCGUCAACAUCACCAUCAUUCCUAUUAUCUGCGUCAACAAAAAUGUCAAUCAAAUAUCUUUUAUUGUCCAUCUGAAAUGACAACUUUAUCUAGUCCAUGCUAUAGAAAAGUAUUAUUUAAUUGUAAAGAUGAUGAAAAAGGUAGGUCAGUUUAUCAUCAAUCCAGUUCUUCUGCUUACCACUGUUCUCCGUCGUCAUCAUUAUCAUCAAUGUCAGUGUUACAUACAUCGCAUGACAGUAAUCAUCAAACAAAUAUUUCUCUUAUUGAUGAUAAAUAUCCAUCAAAAUGUAAGCUGUCGACUAGAAAGUCUGAGACUAUUGAUCAUCAGAAUCUUCUCUAUUCACCCUUGCUGUUAACAUUACCUUGUGAAGAUACUAUGAGUCAGAAUAUGUCAUCAUCUUUUACUUUGAAAUCUAAUCAAUCUUCAGAUUCAACCACCUAUUAUUCAUCGUCAGCAUCAUCAUCAUCGUCUUCUUCGACCAGUCUGUCACGCUCUAAUUCAUCCCCCCUAUCUGUUGCAAGUAACUAGUGUGUUGUUUGUUAGAUUUAUGUAUGUGCUUAUAACCUAUACUAUUACCAUCGUGUUGCUGAUUCCCGGUCUUGUCUUUUUGUGUCUGUUGGUUUUAUUGUGCCGUAUUCUGUUGUUUUUUUUUUGGAUAAAUUUUUACAGAUCAUUAAGUUUAAGACUUUUGAUGCUGCCUUCUGUUUAUCUACUACAGCGGUCGUCACGUUUUCUAAUUCUUUAAGCAAUAAUAUAUAUGUAACCAAACCAGCAAACAGUUAUUGUUUUUUAUUUCUCAACGGUUUUUUUUGUGUUAAUUAUUUUCAUCUCAAAUUGUCUUCUAUUUUAAAGAUAUUAACAAUGGUUCUCACUACUCUUCAGCAUAUUUCACAUACUUACAUGUUUUUUGCUUAUUGUUUGGAAUGCUGAUAUCGUGAAUUAAUGUGUGUCUUAUGGGAUUGUUUUAAUGUAUUUUUUGAAGAGCAAUGAGAAUCAAUGGAAACGAGCGUACCAUUUAUUGUUAACCAAUCACAUUAUUCAUAUAUAGUCAAGUGCAUUUUGAUUGGUUAAUGAUUUCUACUUUUUGAUUGGGCAAAUGUUUCAUAGGAAUAAAUUAAGAACUGCUCUCAAUAGUCAAUUUGUUUUGUUCACCGGUUUAGGGUAUACAUUGACUAACCAAUUGUAUAUUUACAUGUCUGUGCAAUAAUAAUGGAAUACAAUUAGCAUUUUUUUAAUAAAAGAAAUUACGUUUCACCCUAGGAUUUUAUUUAUCUUAAUAACUUUAUUAUUAUUUCUAGAAUGAAAAAAAAUCUGUUCAUUAUAUUGGGUAAUUGAAAAAAAUAGUAAACAAAUAACCAACCCCCUAAGCUUCCACUUCUGCUUUUUAUUUCUCUAAGCUUAAAGCUUUCUGUACUAACGGUUGAAUGUUGUAAAAUGGUUUGGUAAAGUAAAUUAUCGAUGUAUGAUAAUAAAAUAACCUUGCUCAUCUCUUUUUUUCCAGUUCAACUUGUUUCCCUGUCCCAUUUCCGUCCCUCCACACAUACACACUUCCCGCUAUGUAUUCUUUUCAAAUUUUGUUGCCUUAUAAACAACUAUGAUAAAAUUCGAAUAUAUUUUAUGUAUUUCCUGUGUUAUGAAAUCCUUUCUUUUACAAAACAGAAUGGUGUUUAUACACGAAAAAAAAGAAAAUAUAUGGGGAAAAACUUUUAUUCAACAAAUAACUUGUAUAUUUGGUUUUAUGGAAAUAAAUCUAACUGGAAGGGUUUUGUAUGUAGUCAUUUUCUAUCUGUAAGAUGAUGAUGGGACAGAUUUGGGUAC